AUGAAUGGCGGAGUGGACGAUGCAGACUUGCCCAAGACGUUCAGAGAUGCCGUAACCAUGACGAGAAAGCUCAAAGUUCACUACCUGUGGAUCGAUUCUCUGUGCAUCAUGCAGAAGUCAGGCCAGGGCGAGGACGAAGAAGCAAAGGCAGACUGGGAACGGGAGGCGAAACUCAUGGAGAAGGUCUUCAGCUCGGCAUAUCUCACCAUUGCAGCGAGCUGCGCCGAGCACAAGUUCCAUGGGUUUCUCCAGCCGCGGGUACAGCGGCAUGCCGUCACAAUGAGGGCCGAUGACGGGGCGCGGUUCCAUGUCUGUGAAGUCAUUGACAACUUUGACCUCGAUGUUGAGCAAGGCGAACUGAACAAGAGGGCCUGGGUCUUGCAAGAACGUGCACUUUCGCGCCGGACGAUACACUUUACACGCACCCAAGCAUACUGGGAAUGCGGCGAGGGCAUUCGCUGCGAGACCUUUACCAAGACUGAAAACCGAAAAGCGUCUUUUCUUGGCGACUCAAACUUUCCUUAUUCGGUGAAAUCCCAUAAGCAGGGCCGGCAACUCCAGCAUUACCAAGGCCUUUACGAGCGCUACUCAACACUGGGUCUGUCGUAUGAUACUGAUAGACCGAUGGCUAUCGCCGGCCUUGAGAAAAGGCUGAUGAGUGCCCUCGAGUCCGCCGGCGGUUUCGGCGUUCUCCAGGCCAAUUUCCAUCGGGACCUGCUGUGGCAGCGCCGAAACUCCGAGAGCACUCUGAAGAGGAUCGACUUCGAAACGGCAAGCCACAUCAGGAUUCCAUCGUGGUCCUGGAUGGCCCACAGCGGAGAGAUUCGAUACAUGAACGUUCCGUUCGACGACAUCCUGCGCGCGGACGACAUCCAGUCACCUUUCGAAACGCUUCCGCCAGGGUCGUCGUACGUGGAUUCCAACCCGCGGGGCCGAGCCGAGCUCCGGGCUCCUGUACACACUAUUGCAGUGCAGAAACCCGAUUGGCUCAUCUUGGACGAACCGGAACGGCAGCUGCCCGGGCCUCUCCGCUGCGUCAUUGUGGGAAAGAGCAAACAUCACAAGACCGAGCAGCCGACAUGCUACGUGCUGGUUGUGUCUCCCGCCGGCAAGGAAGGGGACGAAGACUUCUUCGAGAGGGUUGGCGUUGCGUACCUUAAAGCAGAGGAAAUCGUGUGUCGGGAGGCUAUGGUUGCCAGUAUCCGGUAA